UCUUCCCUCUGCCCUCCAAGCGCUCCCUCCCUCCCUUCUCUCACCGGAUUCCAGCCCAGCCCCAAGGUAACCAAGUAAGUACUCCAUCAAUUCCAGUCUUUGGAGAGCUCAGUUAAUCUAGGUAUGCCUGCCGUCCUGCCUGAAUCCAUCAAUUCCAGCUGAGGUGAGGCAUGCUGCGCUUCAGCUCUGGCAUGGGGGGAGUGAAGUAGCGCUCUGCUCUUACUCUGCUAGCAAAAGGAAAUCCCCUUGCUCCUAACUCCUAAGCUACAGUAGCAUCAACGAUCCAGGAUGUGGUGCCUGCCGCGUUACUUCCACCGAGGCGUGCCCAAGGAUGAACAGGGGAAUGAUCACACCAAUCCCAUCCCCACGUCCUCGACCGCCUACUCGGGGCGGUCCAUGAGCACCGCCACGUCGUCGACCGUCCCGUCCGGCUCCGACCACACCGGCUCCAUCAACGUCUCCGACAUGAGCGCCGAGUCGAUGCAGCGCUCGCAGCAGUACCCGAGCUUCUCCGACAGGCCCGCAAACCUCAGGGUCUUCACCUUCUCCGAGCUGAGGAACGCCACCCGCAACCUGAACCGCUCGCUCCUGGUCGGCGAGGGCGGCUUCGGGUGCGUGUACAGGGGCACCCUCAAGAUCGCCGCCUCUCCCGAGGAAGAAGCCGCCACCGUUGAGGUUGCUGUGAAGCACCUCAACCGGAAUGGGCUUCAGGGGCACAAGGAGUGGUUGACAGAGGUGAACGUUCUCGGCAUCGUGGAUCAUCCCAACCUGGUGAAGUUGAUUGGGUAUUGUGCUCAGGACGAUGAGCGAGGAGCACAGAGGCUUCUUGUAUAUGAGUAUAUGCCUAACCGGAGCGUGGAUGAUCACUUGUCGGGCCGAGCAAUCGGAACAACUCUGUCAUGGCCUAUGCGGCUCAAGGUAGCUCUCGACGCGGCCAGGGGGCUCAAGUACCUGCAUGAAGACAUGGAUUUCCAGAUAAUUUUCCGUGACCUCAAGACAUCAAACAUUCUGCUGGAUGAAAAUUGGAAUGCAAAACUGUCUGACUUUGGCAUGGCUAGGCAAGGCCCAACGGAGGACCUCACACACGUCUCGACAGCGGUGGUUGGCACCCUGGGGUACGCGGCACCGGAGUACCUCCAAACGGGGCGGCUGAACGCCAAGAGCGACAUCUGGAGCUACGGCGUGCUGCUCUACGAGCUCAUCACCGGGCGUCGGCCCAUCGACACCCACCGGCCCCGGAGCGAGCAGAAGCUCCUGGAGUGGGUGAAGCCGUACAUCUCUGACACCAAUAGACUAAGGAUGAUCGUGGACCCGAGGCUGGAGGGGCACUACAACAUCAAGUCGGUGGCAAAGCUGGUCACCGUCGCGAACCGCUGCCUUUCCAGAAUGCCCAAGGCGCGUCCCAGGAUGGGCGAGGUCCUGGACAUGGUGCAGAAGGUUGUCGACGUCGACGCCGCCGCUGCCGGUUCUGCUGCUCUGCCGCCGCUUCACUACUACAGCAGCAGCAGCAGAGAGGAGGAAGGUGACUCCAAGUUGAAGCGGGAGAAUAAGAGAGGGUUCCAUGGUUACCGUUGGCCAGCUGGAAGAGGAAAAGCUCCCUAAUGAGCUGGUUGUGGUAUAUCUGGAUUGUUAGUUAGUGCUCAAGUAUACCUGGAUUAUCCCUUUUCCGUGAGAUCGAACUGGUUGGUGCGUGUAAUUCUACAUGCACACUUUAAAUGAAAAUACGUCCUGUUUUCGAGA